AUGUCUAAGGCGCAAGUGGUGUCGUACACAGUGCAGAAGGUGAAUCGCAUAAUGGAGAUAGGCAUGGAGAACGACUUGCCGCUGAUUUCCCUGGUUCAAUCGGCUGGCGUGUUUCUACCGCAACAAUUCCGUGUGUUCCACAAAGGAGGACAGCUUUUCCGCGACCUGGCAAUAAGAACACAGCAAGGGAAACCAUCGUGUGCCAUCGUCUUUGGUUCUUCGACUGCUGGAGGUGCAUACCACCCGGCGCUAUCAGAUUACACAAUCUUUGUUCAGAAGCAGGCACAAGUAUUUCUUGCUGGCCCACCUCUAGUCAAGAUGGCCACUGGAGAGACUGUCGUUGCCGAGGAGCUCGGCGGCGCAGACAUCCAUGCGACGACUACUGGACUGGCAGACCAAAUCGCGGUAGACGAGUUCGACGCCAUACAAAAGGCGCCUCGAGCGCAUAUUCUAGUUGGCAUAGUCGCCAACCAGAGGCCGAUCAUACACGUGCAGGAGGCACUGAAAGCAGCGCAAUUCAUCAGGACCUGUAAUCAGGAGCUCACGCCCAUUGUCUUCUUGCACAACGUCACUGGUUUCAUGGUGGGCCCCAAGGCAGAACAUGCCGGCAUCAUAAAGGCCGGCGCCCAGCUCGUCUCAGCCGUCAGCUGCUCUCAAGUCCCUCAUAUCAGCAUAAUCAUGGGAUCUUCAUAUGGCGCCGGAAAUUAUGCCAUGGCCGGCCGGUCUUACAGGCCUCGAUUCCUCUUCUCAUGGCCAACAGGGCGGUGCAGUGUCAUGGGGCCAGACCAACUAGCUGGCGUUAUGGAGAAUAUCCAGCAAGCAAAAGCCAGGACUUCACCGGGAGACACUGCGUCGCAAGAGGCAAUCAAGGAGGGAAAGAAGAGGACGCAGGAGCUGCGAGACCAGGCUAUCAAGGACGCGGAAUGUUAUGCGACGAGCGCAGUUCUGAUUGAUGACGGGGUGAUUGAUCCACGGGAUACAAGAGACAUUUUGGGCAUGUGUCUGGAAGUUGUCAAAUUGCCCCCGCUUGAGGAUACCAAGAGCCAGCGGUCCUUGGCAAGAAUCUGA